ACGUGGGUCAGACCGCCCCGCCCAGCCACGCAGACGCCGCUGGGCUCUUCAGGUCGGGGCCGGGCUGGGCGAGCGGUGCCGGGACCACGCAGCCACGCCACGACGCGUGCACGCGCAGGCCGAGCACCCCCGCUACCCCGCUGCGAUCAGGCCCCGGAAGAACCGUAGCCAGCCUUGCAGGAGCCGGCGCUUCUAGGCCACCAGAUGUUCGCUGCCAUCCAGCCAGGUCUAGCAGAGGGGGCCCAGUUCCUGGGGAGCCUGCCUCCUGGAAUGUGUCAGCCCGAGCUCCAACCAGACAAUAAUUCCAACUUUGUGGAGAAUGCUAAGGAUGCCAAUAAGAAUUGGCAUGGUAUGCCAGGCAAAGUAGAACCCCUCCCGAUGAGGAGUUCCUCUGAGUCACCCUCUGACAACCAGGUCUUCCAAGCCACUGGGCUCCUUGAGGCGGGAGUCCGCAGUCCCCCCGAGGGUGCAGAGCUCCCUGGUGCUGAGCCUGAGAAGCUGAGUGUUGCCAGCAGCGUGUGCUCGCCUCUGGAGGACAUCGGCUAUGCUAGCAGUUCCCUGAGCAUCGACAGCCUCAGCAGCAGUCCAGAGCCUACCUGUGGGACUCCUCGAGGCCCAAGCCCUCUGGAUCCCCUUCUGCCCUCUGUGGCCCAGGCUGUGCUGCAGCUGCAGGCUCAGGAGCGCUAUAAGGAGCAGGAGAAGGAGAAGCACCAUGCGCACUUGGUAAUGUACCGUCGCUUGGCACUGCUUCAGUGGAUCCGGGCUCUUCAGCACCAGUUGGUUGACCAGCAGGCCCGACUGCAAGAGAGCUUCGACACCAUCCUAGACAACCGAAAAGAACUUAUCCGCUGCCUCCAACAGAGGGAAGCAUCGUGCGGGCACCAGGACCACUGCUAAGGGUGUACGCUAGUGUGUAUAUUUGCAGGCCUGUGUGUGGUUAUACGCAAGUACGUACGUGAGUAUCGGUAGGCAUGAGUGGAGGUAAUAAGUGUGUGUGUGCUAACAUGUAGGCAGGUAUCUACAGGCAUGUAUGGAUGAAGUUGUAUGCAUUAUGUGUAACAUGUAUGUUUAUGUAUGCAUGUGUGGCUAGAUGCCCAAGAAUGUAUAUAUAUUCCCGAAUAAGAUGUACAUGCAAAAUAUUUGUAUGCAUAUAUAUCAGUUAAAUGUACAGGCUUAUGUUGGGUGUGAAUGAACCUUUGUGUGUUGAGAUCUAUGUCUGCGCUGGCAUAAGAAGCGUAUGUUAGGGAUGUGUGUAUUUGCAGAGAGACUCAAGAGCAGGUGUGAGCAGAUAUAUGUUCAGUUGUACUGCAGCUCAUCCACCCAUUCCCGAGUUCCCAAAGUCCACCCCAGCCUCAUUCUCUAUUGCGUCUCCCAGCUUCCUGGAGAAAGGAGCCUAUCUUGCUGUUAUAUAUUGGAAGGUGGUGGUUGAUGUGGUUGCUCUAUUCUCCUGGAGUUUUCCAGGCUACCUCCUAUCCUUCCUCCUCAUUUCACCCAGGUCUUGCUCUGUCCCUAAUGUUGGCUUUUUGGUAAGAGCUUUUUUAAAUGUGGGGUGGUUGCUUUCUGUUUUGCUUGCUACUGUACUCGGGAUUGAACUCCAAGCGUUGUGAGUGAUGGGCAAACAUCUUACCACUGAGCUGCACCCCCAGCCCCUGGUCAGAGUCUUUUUGGCUGCUCUGGCCUUCCGUUGCACAUUUGCUGCGGUUUGGUCAGGGGAGUUGGUGGAGAACUGGUGUCAGGGAGGGAGCUGGCAAGAUGGUGGAGGUAAUGGCAGGGGUGAGGGAGGGGAUAAAAAAAAGCUAGAAG